AUGCAGAAAAAUUGAGAUGUAAAGAUCAGGUUGAUCAAAAAUUAAUGCAAUGGAAGGGAGGAAAAGAAACAAACAUUAGAGCAUUAAUUAGUAGUUUGGAUACAGUACUUUGGGAAGGAUUAGGCUGGAAAACUAUAGGCUUGCAUGAACUGGUAACUCCUGCUCAAGUUAAAAUUAAGUGCAUGAAAGCUAUUGGAAAAGUUCAUCCAGAUAAGCUACAAUUGAACAAAGACUUGUAG